GGUAGACAGCGGCAAACAAUAACAACAAAGCCGGCAGGUGGUUUUUACCUAGAAGGAAAUUUUAAACACUAGUGAUGCCUUUGUCAGAUUUUACUUGGAACCUCCAGACACAACAACCUGUUAUACAUGAAGUCUACCCUAAAAAAAGAAAAGCACCAGGCUUUGGUGAUGCAGACAGGGUCGUGCCAAGUCAGAAUAAUAAUGGAGAGGAGAUGGAAAACAAUGUAUGGAAGAGGAGAUGUAUGGAAGCUUCAGGAGAUGAUGUAAUGGCAGAAGUGAAUCACAAUAUGUCUACCUCAGAGAAUCUCAACAUCCCGUCCGUCCAACCAUCACAACCACAGGGUUGCUGGCCUUUAAAUCCUCAAUCAAACAGUAUGUUUAUCAACCCGUUAGUCAUGACCUCGGCGAUGCAGGAAGAUGAUGAAUGUGUGCCUGUCGUUGCCAAUAUGUCCUCUAGUCAGCAAGUCAACUUCCCAACACAACAAUCUAUACAGGACGAGCAGUCUCAUCAACAACCAUUCAACGAUGAUUGUAUGAUAAUGAAUUUGAAUGAAGAAACUUACUCCAGAACAAGCGGCAAUAUCAUUGAAGAACAAAUGGCAUACAGCUCAAUGGAUUCCGACGGGGUACCAGACCCUGAACAGUACAAGUUGGAAAUGUGUAAUUCAAACUGUUUUGAUGGAGAGAGAAAUCAACCAUCAAGUAAAGUGAAGUGUUACUGCCGGCCGUCUUGGGAGGGAUUGAUGGAGAUGAGACCUUACGUUUCUGAUUACUAUUGAUGUAGAUUUCACUUUCUUAGUGACCGUAUACGUAAUGUGAAUCACAAUUAAGUGCAGCUUUUAAGUCUCCAUAUUUUGGUAUUUGUCGUUAAAAUUGGAUUUUUUAUGUUUACACCCCAGUGUGAUUUUUGAUAAAAUACACUUUGUCAUGUUUUAUAAUCAAAUGCAGCUGUUGUGCUCUGUAUGAAAUAUAGAAACAUUGAAUGACAUGUACAAUAUUUUAGUCAUUAUCACAUAGAUUAUUUGACAGUUCUGGAGUAACUGAGUGUGUAGGAAUUUGACAGUUCUUAACUGAGUGUGUAGGAAUACGGUAAAUAGAGGUUAAUAGAGGUUCUCCAAUGAGGAGUGCUGAUUGGUUUUUCAUGUUUAUUUAAGUUGACUUAGUUAAUAUCCAAAUUGUAUAAAGACAUGUGGUUUACUAAGUGUCUUUUAUAACUUGAAAUUAAACUAAUUAGAGCUAGAUAAACACGAUAUUGAUAACCAACCCUCACAGGUUUGGAAACCUUUUCCUCUCACAACGUUAAUAUUUUAUCAGGAAAUUAAAUACAUCUGACAUGUCUGUUUCUGUUGGGGAACCAAUUGACAUUGAUCGUGACAUCACAAUGACAUAGUAAAGAAUUGUCACAUGACAUCAUAAUGCAAACAUUGACCAAUGGAAUCACAUCUAGGGUAUUAUCUGGUACCCAGUAAUGGGUGACCAAAUAUGAGGAAACCCAUAAUAGUGGUUGCAGGAGAAACAAUAUUAAGUCACCACCUUCUUGCACAUUGACAGCUGAUAUUGCCUGAUCACGAACAGGAAGUGGUUUACAGAUAAAUGUGUUUUGUAUGUUGAAUGUGUUUACAGAAAUGUAUAUGCAAGUUGUAUAUAUUACUUGACCCAAUUGUUACUGACUGUUUAUAUAUGUGUACAGUAUAUGUGUGUACAAUUUAUAUGUGUAAAGAGUGAAGGGGUGUACAAUUUCAUAUUAAGAAUACUACUCCUCAGGGUUGGUUUUGAAAAGUUCUUUUAGCCCAACUGACUUUUUCCAUGUAAAACUUUCUGAAGUCCCAACAGAUCAAAUCUAUCCCUGGGCAUCAGACUUGUAGAAUUGUAUACUCCUUGUGCAAGGUCACAUCAUGAUCAAAUAUUUGUAGAACAUUUAGGUGUUUCUGUGAGGAUAAAAAAAAAUGUCAGGUAUGAGUAUCCUGUUUAUCUUUAGUUUUAAGGUACCAGUAUAACAUUGGUAUUACAGUUCACAUAAAUGUAUUAAGAUGCUUUUGUCUGACGUAGGUUUGUUCACUGGAAACUGUCGUCAAUAUCUCAAACGAUCAAUAAAUCAAACAAAGUCAGUUUUAAAGGAGAAAUAUAUCAUACAUUCCGAAGAAAAUACAAAAAUUAAAUUGCUGUGAUUGAUUCACAUCUGAUGAUGGGAAACAGUCAGAUAAUUUUGCCUUCUGACUACGAAAGGAUAGUCGUCGCUUGAUAGAUGUUCUUCUGUAUGCUUAUUAUCCCCACUUGACAGAUAUUGCUCUUCAAAAUUUACAGGAGUGACAGAAGACAAAUACUCCCUACUGGGCAGACAUUGAUACUUCUAAAUAAGCGGUGAUGGGCAAUCAGUUUAAAAUCAUAAUCGAUAAUCGGUUUGUAAUCGGAAGUAAUAAACCAAUUGAUGAUCAAUUGCAUAAUCGGUUGAUAAUUUUAUGGGACUGAAUACCCAAAUAAAGUGAGAACGAUACUGUUCCAUCAAUAGACAGAGUUGUAAACUAUACAAUGUCAUAAGAUUUCAUUCUUUUAUAAUGAAUGGAUUUCAAGCAACUUUUAUGCAGUUUUGUCAAUCAUAUAGUAAUUUUUUUAGAAAUGAAUGACUUUCAAUGCAUAAUUUAGAUUGUAUUCAUUUGACGCUUUGAUUUCAAUAAUGAACUGAAUAUAUUGUUAUGGAAUUUUUAAUUGAUAAUCGGAAUCUUAAAGGGCAAGCCAAUCAAUGUUCGAUUAUACUAGAUCAUCAGCCAAUGACUAUACAUAAGACACAUAAUCCUCACCAGACAGACAUUGUUCCUCAUCAUUUUACAAGAACACACAUACCUACAAGUGUAUAUUUCAUAUUUUUAGGUUUUCAGUUAAAAAUGUGUUUAUUUCAAGAAAUUCUUGUAUAAAGGUUGCAGUUUGUGUGUGUGUGCAGGUCAUAAUCACAUCAAUGUGCAUGUACAUUAAAGUAGAUAUAACAUUACAAUGAAAUGGCCACAAUUAACGCCACAUGUGGAGAGAUUAGCACAGAAUAUCACUUGUAUUUUGGUAAGAAUUUAUGUGUCUGUGUUAAUUUAAGUAACAAGUACCCACAAACUAUCAAGUUGUACAUAUAAAACUGAAUGAAAUAUUAGAAAGCAUACUAACACCUAGUUACAUGAGAAAGUAGAAUGAUCUGCAGCGUUUUGGGAAAUUCAUCAGUGUCAUCAAACAUACAUUUAAAAACCUUAAUUUAAUUAUUUUUUCAAAUAUCACCAUUUUAUAUUUUAUCCAUUGAUUCCUUGCUGUUUUGUCCAAAAGAAGUGGAAGACUACUGGAUUACAUCCCCUGAUGAAAUAAUAAACACUAGGCCGCUUUAGUUUAUUUUUAGUUUUUAGUUUACCUGUUGGACCAGAGUUGAUCAUUUAUGAAAUAUUGUCUAACCAAGUAAUCUGAUGGUGCUUCAGACUAGCUUUGACAAAGCCUUGCAAGGCCUUGCAUAAACAUUUGAAGGUCCAAAAGGGUUUAUACCCGAACAUGUCACAUUUGAAAACUGGUUGUUCCACAUAAACAAGUAAGCCCCAGAAUUAGCGCAUCAAAGGGAAGUAAUCCGGUAAUAUCCUGUUACUUGAAUCUCAAAUGAAUCAUAUUUUUCAGUGUUAAUAAAAUCAUUGCAUUCAUCUAUACAAACGAUCAUUUUACCAAUUUUGUGUAAGGUUAUGUUUAUACAUAUACAUGAUUAAAGAAGCAGCUCUAUUUUGAAUUAAAUAUUCUCUUUGAAGAAGUAGUUCACCAAGUUAAUUUUAAAGAUAUUUAUACAUUUUAAUUGUCUUAUCAGAGAUCUGGAUUUGUUUUGAAAGGAAAUGGCUUGAUUUAUGCAUAUGGUAUAUAUCAUUGUUUGCAGACAUGUAUGUUUUGUUUAUGAGAGACAGGAGUGAAUGUUAUGCUAUGUUAUGCUUAAAGAAUGUUUUAAAGUUAUUUUAUCUGAAGAAAUGUGUAAAAGGAAUUACCGGUAUAAAAUGUACCUAUUAAUUUAUUUUCCUACAAUUCCCAGAAUAAUAUGGCAGAAUUAUUUAUUUGUUGUAAAUUAAAAUUUAAGAAUGUUUUGUAUUUUUAAUUCUAAAGAUCUCAAAAAUUGCCUUCAUUUGAGAUAUUUUAUUGUAUUUUUAAUCGGUAUUAUUUUCAUCUGCUGUGAACUAAAGACAAAGAAUCUUAUUUCUGCUAGCAUUCUUGAUUUUCUUUGUUUCCUAUUCAUCCGCAGCUGUAUCAUAUAAUUAUGUUAAUGAUUUGUUAUCUUAAAUUGAAAAAUAACUUUCCAUUUUUAACAUCAGAAAUCUGUUGACUUUUUCAUCUCUCAGCAUGUGGAAGGGGGCAUGUGUUUGCCUAUCGAUAUACAAAAUCUUGCUUAUGCACUAGGUUCAGCUCAAAAACUCUGAUAGCAAUAAUCGUUUCAUUAUCAUACUUCAUAUGCUGAUUGGGAGAAGUACUGCACCAUAUAACAAAGGCAGGUGACUUGAAUCUGUAUUAACAGCUUCACUGUCUUGGGUUAGACUUGGCAUUUAGCUCAAUUUCCAUCAAAGCAAGAGUGCAAAUUACAAACUCUUCCUAGCCUUCCUUUAGUACUGAGAAGGCGCUAAAUUCAAAUAAUGUUACCUUGCACUUGUUAAGUUUGAUUUCAAAAAUAAUAAGUGAAACGAUAUUUACAUAGAUAUUAUAUUAUUGCUUUUAAACAUGUCCACUUCAGUUAUUUUAAAACAAGAUCAGUUUUUUAUCAAUAAUUUCAUGAAAAAUGUUAUUUUUGCAUUGCAUUAAUUAUUUGAUUUGCAAUGUAACAAACUUAACAUAAACACUGAAUUCAUCAAAUAACAUUUGUUCUCAUUGUCAAGGUUAACAUAUAUUUUUUACAAAUUAAAUGACAUUGAUUUUACAUAAUAUAAAGAACUGAUGAGCCUUGUAUUUUGUCUACAGUUUGUCUACCAAUGGCAGAAUUUUAAAAUCAGUUUAUUUUAAUGAGCAAAGUUUACUUAUUUUUCUUGAGUUUGUUUUCUUUAGAAAAUACAUUUUGAAUGAUU